AUGACUAUUGCAAAAGAAGUUACUCCAUCAGAUGAGAUUAAGGGUGCACCAGCAGUUCCUUACUACACACCAGAUCAACCGGUUAGAGCCGGUACCUUUUAUCAUGAUGAAUCUAAUCAAGACCAAGAGCCACCCGCUCUUUUCAAACCUUUGAAAAUCGGGCCACUCACUUUGCAAAACAGAAUUGGUGUUUCGCCAAUGUGUCAAUACUCGGCAAAUGAUAAAUUAGAAGCAACUCCAUACCAUUUGAUUCAUUAUGGUGCAUUGGUCACCAGGGGUCCUGGAAUUACCAUUGUCGAAAGUACCUCAGUCAGUCCAGAAGGUGGAUUGAGUCCUCAUGAUUUAGGAAUUUGGACAAAUGCACAAGCCGAAAGUUUGAAACCAGUUGUUGAAUAUGCACAUUCACAAAAACAGUUGAUUGCUAUUCAAUUAGGACACGGAGGUAGAAAAGCUUCAGGACAACCACCAUUCUUGCAUUUGGAACAAGCAGCUGAUGCAUCAGUUGGUGGAUGGCCUGAUAAGACUGUUGCUCCAUCGGCUGUUCCAUUUAGACCACAUGGUAACUACCCUGUACCUCAUGAGUUGAGUGUAAAGGAUAUCAAGAGAAUUAUCAAGGAGUUUGGUGAAGCUGCCAGGAGAUCUGUUGAGAUUAGUGGAUUUGAUGCAGUUGAGGUCCACAGCGCCCACGGAUAUCUUUCCAAUGAAUUCUACAGUUCUGUCUCAAACAAGAGAACCGAUGAAUACGGUGGCAGUUAUGAAAAUAGAGUCAGGUUCUUAAUGGAGGUUAUUGAUGAGAUCAAGUCCAAUAUUGAUAUCAAAAAAACGCCAAUCUUUGUUAGAAUCUCUGCUGUUGAGAAUAGUCCUGCUCCAGAAGCAUGGUCUAUUGAGGAUUCAAAGAGAUUGGCUGAUUUAUUAAUUGAAAAGGGAGUCAGUUUGCUCGAUGUUUCAUCAGGUGGAAAUGAUUAUAGACAAGCAGCAAGAUCGAACAUUGAUUCGAAGAACAAAGAACCAAUUCAUGUACCGUUUUCGCGUGCAUUGAAGGAACACGUUGGCGAUAAAUUGGUCGUCAGUUGUGUUGGGGGAUUGGACAAAGACUCUCAUGAAUUGAACCGUUUUGUUGAACAAGGUGCGUUUGACUUGGCAUUAGUUGCUAGGGGUUUCUUGAGAAACCCAGGUUUGGUUUGGGCCAUAGCUGAUGACUUGGGAGUUAGAUUACAUCAAGCAUUGCAAUUGGCUUGGGGAUUCUGGCCAAACAAGCAACAAAUUGUUGACUUGAUUGCCAGAACUGAAAAAGCUGAGCAGGCUGAAAAGGCAGGCAGCAAGUAUUAA